UCAAUGAAAGGAAGACAGGUUACAUUGUAGCAGAGGGGAAGAGGCAGAGAGAGACAGACAGAAAGUGAAGAAGCAAUCAAGCAACAGUGAAGACUUGCAUAGUAUUUAAGGGAAAUUAAAAUCCCUGAAAUUUUGGAAAAAAGGCAAUAGGUUUUGUUAUCCUUCGACGACCCGAUCAACCGCUUUCUCUCUCUAUCUUAUCACUCUCUGACAGUGCAUCGUUCUCUGGUACUCUCUGUCUUUCGCAGCCAUGGCAUUUGAUCAAACCUCUGUUCCCUGCGAUCUAAGAUCACUAAAUGUUACUCGAGCUGCGGCCGAAGAGCCACUCGUUCCUCCUGCUAGUAAACCGCUUCAAACUGCAGAAUAUUUCCCUCCAAAUUCGGUUUGGGACCAUGUUAGCUCUGGUGCGGUGCCGCUUGUCUACCCUGCGUCUGUCUCUGAUGCUGGUUUGGUUAGAAUAGCGUACGGAAAUGUAACUUCGGCUAUUGCUUCUCCUACCUGGUGUGUUCGUCCUGCUGUUCCGGUUCACCCCACUGUAAACCCCGCUGUUGGGCUUAAUUAUGGUUCAGGUUUUGCCAAUCGGUUCAUGGGAGCCAAUGCCGUUGAUCUUUUGGGUAGUGUGGUUGCGGCUUCCCAUGGAUAUCCUAUUAAUUUGGGAAAUUCGGUUUCUGGUAAUGGCUUUGAUAAUGCCCUUCCUGGCAGCAGCAGGGUGGUUGGAAAUGCUGUUCAUCAGAUAGGUGGUGCUGUUGUACCAGGCGGGAUUGGUUUUGGUUCCUCUCUCAGAACUGAUCAAGGCAGUAAUGAGGGCAUGAAUGACUCAGUAUCUGGGCAAAAAAUGAAGCUAUUGUGCAGCUAUGGUGGUAAGAUUUUGCCUAGACCCUGUGAUGGAAAAUUGAGGUAUGUUGGGGGGCAAACAAGGAUCAUUAGUGUUAGGAGAGGCACGAGCUUCAAUGAAUUGGCACAAAAGAUGACUGAUACGUAUGGGCAGCCUGUGGUUAUCAAGUAUCAGCUCCCUGAUGAGGAUCUUGAUGCAUUGGUUUCGGUUUCCUGCCCUGAGGAUCUUGAUAAUAUGAUGGAGGAGUAUGAAAAAUUGAUUGAAAGGUCUCCUGAUGGCUCUGCUAAAUUAAGGGUCUUUCUGUUUUCUGCUUCAGAACUUGAUCCUUCUGGUGUGGUGCAGUUUGUAGACUUACAGGAUAAUGGGCAAAAAUACGUUGAAGCUGUGAAUGGAAUAAUAGAUGGGAUUAGUGGUAAACUGACAAGGAAAGAGAGUAUUAAAAGUGCAGCUUCCACCCAGAAUUCUGAUUUGAGUGUGAUAGAAGCUCUUGAUGGCUCGAUUGCUGGUCAAGCCGAUGUCAGUCAAGUGCCUUCAUCUGGCAUGCCUGCGGGAAAUGGAGCUGCUUCUCAGGAUGCUACUUCAAACAUGAAGGUUCCUGAAAGCAUUGCAUCAGUUUACUCAGAUGCUUUUGUGAUUCCAUUGGACACUUCUGCAACUAAUUCUGGUCCAAUGCACAAUCCACCUUUUCAUAAUGAGGUCGAAUUAGAAAAGUCUGUGCCUGUUACUUUAUGCCAGGAGGAAUUUGGGUUGCAGCAUCCUGUUAAGGAAGCUCCACCACCUGCACCUAAUUUGCAAGCUUCGGACAUUACUGUAACUAACUCUGGUCCAAAUCACCGACCACCUUUCCAUAAUGAGUUGCAGUUUGAAAAGUCUGUGCCUGUUACUUUAUCCCAGCAGCAUAUUGGGUUGCAGCAACCUGGAAUGGAAAAUCCUCUGCCUGCACUUUAUAUGCACCCUCUGAUUGAUCCUUUCCCAGAAGUUAUGAACAAUGCAGAUUUUGUUCAGCUGCCUCGUCAGAUGGGGUUCUCAAAUCCUGAGCUUUUCAGCAAGGCUGGGUCCAUAUACUCCCAGCAUCAAUUACAUGAAAAUACUCAUGGUCUUGUGACCCAUCAAGUAGUCCCUGCUGUGCAAAUGACAAUGGCUCAAUCAUCUUCUCAUGCAGGUGUACAAUCAAAUGCUAUUCAACCACAACUAGGUCAAGUCCCUUCUGUCAUAGUUGGAGGUAGUUACAGCUGGGUUCAGGCUCCUCCACCAGAGCAUGUUGUUUUCCCUAAUGUAUUAUUACCCCAACAAACAUUAGUGAAUCCCGAAAAAACCCAAAGAUCAGAGGAUUGUUAUAUGUGUCAGAAAAAGCUACCCCAUGCACAUUCAGAUCCAGUGGUUCAGGAUCAACAUAAUAUUUGUGCAGGUCUGGCUCCUGAUUCAAACCCAAGUUACCAUAGUCUCCCUAUGAAUGACAAUUCAAAAGCGCAGGCAACAAAUAAAGUUGUAGUAACUACAGCAACACCAGAAGGCAUGGUUGAGCAAGUAGUUGGGACCAGACCCAUGAUUGUUGGCAAGUCUGAGCUUGGAGCAAUGCAUUAUAAAGAAGCAACUGUGCUGUCCUGUAAUCUUGGGUCAGAGCCUGAAGGUGAGAGGCAUUUCUCACAGAAGCCAGACAAUUUGGAUCACCAGAAUACAAUUGUCAAGGGAACAAUUGUAGGAGCUGGUGAAAAACAGUUACUAAAUGCUGGUCGCACAGGAACAGCACCACUGCCUUAUCUAGAUGAUGUUGUCUGCCAACAUGUGAUUCCAGUAGAAAACUGGGCUAAAGAAGAUGUAAUUGUUAAUAAACCUAUUACUGCUGAUAUGCCUUUAGUUGGUUGCGCAUCUGUUGAAACUUCUCAGUGUACAGUUCAAGAAUCUGCAAAAGGUUAUACCAAUGAACUCACUAGCAUUGUUUCAAAAGCAGAUAUUGUGGAGAAUUGGAUUGCAAAGGACCAUCUCAAACCUGUUGAUUUAAGGGUGGAACCCCUCAAGAUAAUCAAUCCUGAAAGUUAUGCAGACAAACCUGAAGUUCAUGCAAGUUAUGAUAAAGUAGAUCACAGUACUCAGUGUUCUGUAGAGAAGAAAGGGGCUUUGGAUAACAACCUUAGUAGAUCAAAGUUGGAUGUCGACGCAAAUCAAAUUAAUACGAUGGAUGUACUUCCUAGUUUUAUUAUGGAAGUUCCGUACGGUAAUAAUUCCAGGCCAGCAGAUUAUAAUGAGGUUGCCCAACCCCAUGUUCCGGGCAUUCCUAAUUCAAAUCCUCAAUCGAAAGAAGGUAAUCACAAGGGUGAUGUAUUCUCAUCUUCGACUUCACCAUCUGUCAGGUUUGGAGAUGCACAGGAUUCUUCAAACUCACUUUUUAGCAAUCAGGAUCCAUGGAAUAUACACGGCUCGUACUUUCCACCACCUAGACCUAAAAAAAUUGCAUUAGAGAAAGAACAUUAUUCUUAUAAGGACCAGUUUGGUGAGAAUCCAGGCAACAGUGCUGAACAGAAUGUAGCAGCUCCAUUGGAUAAUGGCCUGGCAUUCAAACAGAAUUUAGCUUUGGAAGAUGCUCGAUCUGCCAAGGGAUCAUCCCAGGACCAACAGCUUCAAGCAGUUGCUGAAGGCGUAGCUGCUUCUGUUCUGCACUCGAGCAUUCCUUCAAAUCCUGAAUUGCAUGCCAGAGAUGUUUCCUUUCGUGGAGAGACAGAAGAUGGAUAUGUUCAAAAUAGUGAAAUAGAUGUACAGUGUAAAAGUACAGCACAGGAUGUAGAGAGCAAGCUUCCAGAGAAGGCAAAUUUUGGUUUUCCAAUUACAGAUCUUGGAGCAUUGCAGGUUAUAAAGAAUUGUGACCUUGAAGAGCUGGUAGAAUUGGGCUCUGGGACCUUUGGUACUGUAUAUCAUGGAAAAUGGAGGGGCACGGAUGUUGCAAUAAAGCGGAUUAAUGAUCGGUGUUUCGCUGGNAAGCAGAGAGCUGACUUUUGGAAUGAAGCAAUCAAGCUAGCUGACUUGCACCAUCCAAAUGUGGUAGCUUUUUAUGGUGUUGUGCUUGAUGGUCCAGGAGGUUCUGUUGCUACAGUAACUGAGUAUAUGGUUAAUGGCUCUCUUAGAAAUGCCUUGCAGAAGAAUGAGAGGAAUCUUGACAAGCGCAAGCGUCUUUUGAUUGCUAUGGACGUAGCUUUUGGUAUGGAAUACCUACACGGGAAAAACAUAGUACACUUCGACUUGAAAAGUGACAACUUACUUGUGAAUCUGCGAGAUCCACACCGCCCAAUAUGCAAGGUAAUGGUUAGUGCGGUUGGUGACCUUGGUCUAUCAAAAGUGAAAUGUCAGACCCUGAUAUCUGGGGGUGUGAGAGGAACUCUACCCUGGAUGGCCCCAGAACUCUUGAAUGGAAGUAGCAGCCUUGUCUCAGAGAAGGUUGAUGUGUUUUCAUUUGGUAUUGUCCUGUGGGAACUUCUCACUGGAGAAGAGCCAUAUGCUGACUUGCACUAUGGAGCUAUCAUAGGGGGUAUUGUGAGCAACACUUUAAGGCCUCCAGUUCCAGAAACCUGUGAUCCGGAAUGGCGAUUACUGAUGGAGCGGUGCUGGUCAUCUGAGACAUCAGAAAGACCAACCUUCACUGAGGUCGCCAAUGAAUUACGCCAGAUGGCAGCCAAGGUCUCCCCCAAAGGACAAAAUCAAUAGCAACAACCUGGUUCAUACCAGAGCCAAAUGCAGAAAUGAUUUCUUACAAUAGCAGCAUGUUGAAAUCCAGAUUUGCAUCUGAUUUUCAGAUCAGUCCAUUGUGUAAUAUGUACAAGGUUUGUUAGCACUUAGUGUCAAAUAGUACUUAGUGUAAGGCCUUUUAGCAGUACAGUACAGCACACUUAAACCUCAAUGAGCUUUUUGUAAUGUGCCGUUCUUCAGUCAAAAAAGAAAAGCGAAAGAAAAAAUAUUUUGAAUUUUUUAUUUUUUAAUCUUUUUACAGUUCUUGGAAAAAAUGAUGGUGACAAAGAAUAUAGUAGUUUGAAUGAUAUAUGUUUUC